AUAGGGACGGCCUGACGUCUUCCCCCUCUGAACCAAAAACUUGCAGUUAUCCUCAAGGUCCGAAGACCAGUAGAACGCAACAAAAUGAUUUGCUUCUAUAAAACUAGUAUAGUGCUGUUUAUUGCGGUGUUAGUUAUUCAGCAGAAAAUGGUACAGUCGACUGAACAAUUGCCUGUUCAAGCCUUUUUAGUGCGAGGUGAAACAAAGAGUCCUUGGAGAUGGGACACGCAUCAGACAAUAUCCAACAGCUAUGUACAUCGACGUAAAAGAAAUUCGGAACUUUCGACUAGUCAGGAAUCCAUACGGAUAUCUCUUGAUGCAUUGCCCCACUCUGUUUGGAAUCUAAAUUUACGACGCAAAAGCCACCCCGUUACGCCCAAUACGAUUGUCGAAUGGGUGGCUGAAAACGGAGAACGCACUCUCACCCGUGGUAUCGAUACAGACAAUUGCUGGUAUACGGGUGCCGUAGAGAAUGAAACCGACUCCAUCGUCUCGCUGGGUAUCUGCCAAGGUCUAUCAGGAUUUAUACGCACCAAUAACCAAACUAUGCUGCUGGAACCCGUUCAGGGCAAUCCAACCUAUCCGAAUCUAACUCAUGUCAUUUAUCCAUGGACGCUUGCCAAUAAUUCUGGCCAAAUUGUAUUGCAAAACGACCAGGAUUUUGGUGUCGGUCGUAGACACAAACGUAAUAUCCUUUCAAAUCAAGUCGACUACGACGAAGAGGGCAAUGAAGUUGUCGAUACCGUCCAUUUCGAAGAACUAGAGGAAUACAGUCAAAGUGUCGACGAUGAAAUUGACGAAGAGAAUGAAAUAAGUAACUCGAUUGACGACGACGUAGUGAUCUCAGACAUGUACUCUGAAAUCGAGGAUUACGACGUCCACCUGUCACCAGUGGUGACGGAAGCAAAAUCACUGGAGGAGGCCGAAGAAAGCCCUUCAAGUAAUCGUACAACUUUGGAACCUGAAAACACACUCGAUAUUGAUGGCUUUUCGGUUGACAAGUUGUGGGAAGGUGAAUCACAAGCAGUCAAACGGAAAAAACCCGUAGCAAAAACGACCUUGGGUGAGGAUUCGGCCAAGUUUCUGGAAUUAGCACUGGCUGUUGAUCACACGGUCAUCAAAUUUCAUGGCAAACAAAGAGUUCAACAAUAUGUUUUGACACUUUUGAAUAUCGUCAGUGCAAUUUAUGAAGACUCUUCACUAGAGGCUAAUUUGCGUCUGGUCGUGUCGAGAUUAAUAUUCUAUGAAGACAGAAAACAAGGGCAGGUUCGAGAGGGGAAUUCCAAACGGUCAUUGGAAAACGUGAACGCUUGGAAUGCUGGGCUUCUGAGAAACGCUGCCUCUGAAUGGCCUCACGAUAUAGCUGUCUGGCUUACCCGUUAUGAUUUGGGUGGACCUUCGGGCUAUGCUCCUGUUGCAGGAGUUUGUGAUCCAGAUCGUAGCUGCUCUCUCAAUCGAGACGAAGGUCUCACAUCGGCCUUCAUUAUUGCUCACGAAGUGGGACACGUGUUAGGAUUCUCUCAUGACGGAGACGUAUCAGCUGGGAAUGAUUGCCACGAUGAAGCACUUCAAGGCUCCGUUAUGGCACCUAUGGUUGCAGCGACUUUCAGUCGCUUUCAUUGGUCACGUUGCACGCAUUGGGAAUACCACUUUAAACAACACAAUUGGAAGUGCUUGAAAAAUCAACCAAGCGUAAAUACCAAUGCAACGAUUGUCCAAUCCGCCAUUCAGUACAGUUACAGUUUAGACGAACAAUGUCGUAUGGAAUUUGGCGAAGGAUAUUUCCUAUGCCGAUCUUUUGCUCUGAACGAUCCGUGCACUCAUCUUUGGUGUGGACACAAGUCGAGCCCUCAGCUAUGCAAAACUAAGAAAGGACCACCACUUGAAGGCACUCCUUGUGGAAAAGAUAAGUGGUGCAUCAAAGGCUUCUGCGAGGCGAUCGGUAAGCGAAAAAAAGUUAUAGGACCUGUCGUUAAAAAUCCCCGAGAUGGUAAUUGGAGCGUAUGGUCCGAUUGGAACACUUGCUCACGAACCUGCAGCGUCGGCGUCCGUUUCCGCACACGCAAAUGCAAUAAUCCCACACCUGCGAACGGAGGCAAAAGUUGUCAAGGAAAGAGCGAAGAUUCGGAACUGUGCAACACAAACCCGUGCGCUGAAUGGACGGAUUUUAGAGGCGAGCAAUGCGCUACGAUUCCAUUAUUAUUUCCUACAAACGAGUCGCUUUUUUCUAUGACUUGGCUUCCUUGGGAAGUAAACAAUCAGUCCGCUCUUUGUCGUCUGACAUGCGUUGCACGCGAAACGGGAGAUAUUUUCGAGUCUUCGGAGAAUGUCGUUGACGGAACUGCUUGCUCUUAUGAACGAUCUAACGGCAUUUGUAUACAGGGCCAAUGCCAAAUAAUGGGCUGCGAUAAACGGCUUGGUUCUCCAGCCGUAGAAAAUGAGUGUGGCGUGUGUCAAGGCAAACCGGGCGAUUGUACAGUGGCCAGCAGACAUUACAGUGGAGCUCCCCGUCUUCCUCAUCGAAGGGUAGUAGUAAUUCCGCGAGGAGCGAGAAAUAUCCGCAUCAAAGAAGAGCCCAAUAGUUCCAAUAGACUGGCAAUCAAAGCGCGUAACUCACAGAGCUGGAUUUUGAAUGGAUCCUUCCCCAUCACGGAAGAUGUUGCCACAUUUUACGUCAUCACCGCAGGUACUCGUUUUACAUACAACUCAGUCUUUGGAUUGGAAACGAUGCGAGCGAGAGGACCCCUUCUAUCAGACCUCACGCUUAUGAUCGUUCCGGGACUUGUAAGAGAACAUGCCAACGUAACAGUGACAUGGAGUAUGCCACCAAAAUCUCACCGCAAAAAGAAUCCUGGUCCUGAUGUUAGCAAUCGACAGAACCAGUAUUUCUGGGAAUUGGCCGGUUGGUCAGUUUGUUCGCGUUCCUGUGGAGAAGGAACGCAGACCCAAGUCUGGUAUUGUCGAGAUCGUCAAACUGGCCACGUUGUUCGACGUAAGCAUUGCAACAUUCUGAGUGAACCUGAAAUUUUGACACGACUUUGCAACACGUUCAGCUGUGAUUUCCGAUGGGUAACCGGACCCUGGGAAGGAUGUUCACAUAUGUGUGGAACUGAUGGCGUCCAGAUGCGUAUGAUUUACUGCGUCCGCACCGCCAUGGUCACUUCAUCGCAAAGCAACAACACAGCAGCAGCGAUAACAAAACCAGAAUUUGAAAAGAAUAUUUUGUUUGACGAACAUCAGACCGCAUUCAGCGGUCCUGUCAAUGAAGCUCGAAGACUUCCGGAGGUUACUGACGAUGACAUUAGCUCCACAACGGAUCGCCUUAUUCAUCCUAUCGUCGAUGCGUGGAAAGCGACCAUCAAAGAUAACAAGAAAAAAUUGGCUGUUGAAAAUGAAAUCCUUCAUUGGAAUCCAAAUGCUAUUACCGACCCGGCUCUAUGCAAAGACAAGCCACCAAAUGAAACUCAACCUUGUUCCAGGAUUCCGUGUAAUGGGACAUGGGUGGAGAAAAAUUGGACAAAGCAGUGCUCGACAACGUGUGGAAUUGGUCGUCAAGAAAUGCAAUUUAUUUGCGUGUCAUCCAAGGGCAAAUCGAACAAAGAACUGGGAGGCUAUUUGUCCAUGUACGAAGAGGAAGCUUUUGCUGAACAAGCCAUCGAUUACCAAGAGGAUUUCCAUGAAGAAGCUGCUUAUGGUUUCAAUAAACGUCAAACAGAGGGGAAGGGUAACAGCAAGUGGAAGAAUUUUUUAUGCGGACCAAGGCCCACAUUAGUCCGUUCGUGCGUGAAUCAAGAAUGUCCAUUGACUCUUCCGCCGAAUGGCCAGGACACGGAGAAAUGUAAAGAUCUGUCCAGGCAUUGCAAUCUGCCCGUGUUGCAACGUUAUUGCGCAUUAACUUCGUUCCAGACGUCCUGCUGUCAUUCUUGUUCCAAUUACCUAUCUAAAUAACUUAAAAACGUGAAGCAGAUAUUCUUUUUUCAUCUUUCAAAUUUCGCAUCGAUUCAUUUUUAGAAAAAAUUGUGAAGCUCUUUCUCAUCAUUUUUGUAUUUCAAGUUAAAGAAUGCGAUCAAAUAAACUUAAAAAA